AUGUUCAUGUACGGAGUUCUUGCAGUUAUCGCACUAGGUAAGUUAACAGUGGAAAACAAAGUGGGAGUUUUCAGGAGUUGUGGAUGGUGUGAUCAGGAUAUAUUGACUGUGUUCAGAAAGCAACCCCUUUGUUUGGCUAUGUCAGAAGCUAGAGUUCUGCGAGCAUUGGACGUUUUCACGAGGGUACUCGGAUGCAAACCAGAAUACUUGAUUAGGAAUCCUGCGCUUCUAAUGCUUAGCCUGGACAAGAGAGUGAUUCCUAGAAAUCAAGUACUGAAAGUUUUAGAGGAGAAGAAGCUGAAUCAGAAAGUAUCUUUUUCUCGAGCUAUGUAUAUAUCUGAACCUAUGUUUCGUUCAGAAUUUGUACUUCCUUACAAGGAUGAGAUACCUAAUCUAUAUGAGUCAUAUGUGACAUGUGUGAGCCGUUAG